AUGGCCGCCACCGCUCGCGGCCCAAAGUUCUUCUCCACAACCAAAAAGGGGGAGAACUUUGAGCUGAAAGCCGACCUGAACAGCGAAUAUAGAGAAAAGCGCAAAGAAACGGUCAAAAAAGUCAUUGCAAACAUGACGAUCGGCAAAGAUGUCAGCAGUCUGUUUGCCGACGUUGUCAAAAACAUGCAGACAGAGGACUUGGAAUUGAAGAAGCUGGUGUAUCUGUACCUCAUCAACUAUGCGAGGACUCAGCCGGAGUUGGUUAUUCUGGCCGUCAAUACUUUCGUGAAGGAUACGGACGACAUCAACCCGUUGAUACGCGCAUUAGCCAUUCGGACGAUGGGAAUGUUACGGGUGGAGAAGAUCAUCGAUUACCUGCUGGAGCCUUUGAAGAAAGGCUUGAAAGAUGACGAUCCAUACGUGCGCAAAACCGCAACUCUAUGUGUUGCGAAGCUAUAUGACCUGAAUCCAACGAUCGCCAUCGAUAACGGGCUGAUCACGAUCGUGCAGGACAUGCUGUCCGACAGGAACCCGAUGGUGAUUGCCAACGCCGUCGCUGCGUUGGCAGAGAUAUCCGAGGCGUCGGUUAGACGCGACGUCUUUGUGGUGAACGCUGGCAUUCUGUCAAAGUUACUGGCUGCGUUGAACGAGUGCACAGAAUGGGGGCAGAUAUGUAUCCUGAACUCGCUUGCGAGUUAUCAACCGACCGAUGCCGCCCAAGCCGCCGACAUUGCAGAGCGAGUUUUGCCUAGAUUACAGCAUGCGAAUGCGAGUGUAGGGCUGUCCGCCGUGAGGGUCCUCAUGAUCUACCUGAACUAUAUCAGCAACGAGGAGCUCUCAAAACAAAUCAUCCGCAAACUAUCACCACCAUUAGUGACCCUCUUGUCCUCCGAACCCGAGAUCCAAUACGUAGCUCUGCGAAAUAUCAGCUUAAUCCUUCAAAAGCGCCCGGAUGUCCUCCAGCAGGAGAUCCGCGUCUUCUUCAUCAAAUACAACGACCCGCCGUACGUCAAACUUGAAAAGCUGGAAGUCAUCAUCAAGCUGUGCUCUGAGAAGAAUGUCGACCAAGUUCUGUCUGAGCUUCGGGAGUACGCCAAUGAGGUGGAUGUGGACUUUGUGCGGAAGUCGAUUAAAGCUAUCGGCCGUUGUGCGGUAAAGAUCGAUUCCGCAUCCGAGAAGUGUGUCAAUGCGCUGUUGGAUUUGAUUAAGACGAAGGUCACCCAUGUCGUGCAAGAAUCCAUUGUGGUGAUCAAGGAUAUCUUCCGCAAAUACCCCAACCGCUAUGAGGGCAUCAUUCCUACCCUAUGCGAGAACAUCGAAAGCGUCGACGAGCCAGAAGCGAAAGCGUCUAUCGUAUGGAUCAUUGGUGAAUACGCUGACCGCAUUGCGAAUGCUACCGAGCUGCUGGAGUACUUUCUGGAGAACUUCAAGGAGGAGGGGCCUGUGGUGCAACUGCAACUCCUCUCAGCAGCCGUUAAACUCCUCCUCAAGAAGCCCGGUUCAGCCCAAGAGACCGUCCAACGCGUCCUAACCUUAGCAACCCAAGGCUCAGAUAAUCCCGACAUUCGUGACCGCGCCUACAUCUACUGGCGUCUCCUCUCCACCAACCCCCAGGCGGCGCAAGGAGUCAUCCUGGCCGAACGACCACCAAUAGAGUCCGACGCACGAUCGGUCAGCGAAUCGCUGCUGGAUGAGCUGAUUCAUAAUAUUGGGAGCUUGGCGUCUGUUUAUCACAAGUCGCCGUCGAUAUUGGGGGGUACGGCUGUGGCUGUGUCGAGGAUUCGGGAAGCUGUGGACUUCGAAGGCGAAGAACCCGAAGUAGACGCCCGCACCGUCGCCCAGCAAGUCAACGCUGCAGUAGGCGGCGGGAUCGAAAACCUCCUCGACCUCGAUUUCGGAGGCUCAUACGAUACGACCUCUGCAACGACACCAGCGCCGAAUCACCGGACAGCGUCGGCUAUUGACGAUCUGCUGGGCUUGUCGGAUAUGUCGUCGCCGGGUGUGGGGGGCCCGAGUGGUGGUUUUAGCGGGCUGGCCAGUCCGGUGGGACAGGGAGCUGCGACGAACACGCCGAAGACGACGUUGUUGAGUGCUGGGGAGGCUAAUGGGCUUGACUUGCAGGGUGCCUUCAACAAACGCCAAAACCAAAUCUUCCUCGACCUCACCUUCUCCAACCGCACCGUAACGCCCCUCACCGAUUUCGCCAUCCAAUUCAACGUCAACACCUUCGGUCUCGCCCCAACGCGCGGGUUACAGGUCCCUGAGCCGCUCGGAUCCCACCAGACCGCCGAGGUGCAGCUGCCGUUGCAUACGGGCGGGGGCGUGCAGAGGAUGGACCCGCCGAAUUUGGUGCAGAUUGCGUUGAAGAAUAAUGCGGGGAUUUAUUACUUUAAUGCUUAUGUGCCGGAGGACGUGAUUAAAGGGUGA